AUGGAAAAUCCAACACCACCAACAUAUAUCGACGUGGACAAAGGCAUCUGCAUUGGCUUUGUCGCCCUGAUGUCCUUCUUCCUGAUGAUCAUGAUUGUGCGGUGUGCAAACCUGAUUGUGGAUCCAUACACUGCCAUCCCCACCUCUACUUGGGAGGAAGAGCAGAUCAACUGA